AUGCCAAAAACAAAAAUUAAAAAUGAAAUAAUUACGGAAGAUUUAAUUUUUGAAAAUAAAGAAUCUUCUUCUAUAUUUGUGGAAACAAAAAUUAAAAAUUUAAUAAAGAAAGAAAAAUCUACAGAUUUUAUUAAAAAUUAUUUACAAAAUAUUGAAGCAAAAAAUUAUGCUUAUGAAAAUGUUUUUGAAUCAUUAAAGAGUGGAGAAAAAUGGAAAAGAUUCGAGAAAAAAGAUAAUGAUGAAGCAAAAAAUAAAGCAAUUGUUGAUGUUGGUGAAGCAACAAAAUUAAUUAAUUCAGGAAGUAAGGACGAAACAAAAAGUAAAUAUGAAGCAAAAAGUAAAGAUAAAACAGAAAGUAAAGAUGAAGCAAAAAAUAAAGAUGAAGCAAAAAGUAAAGAUGAAGCAAAAAAUAAAGAUGAAGCAAAAAGUAAAGAUGAAGCAAAAAGUAAACAUGAAGCAAAAAGUAAACAUGAAGCAAAAAGUAAAGAUGAAGCAAAAAGUAAAGAUGAAGCAAAAAGUAAACAUGAAGCAAAAAGUAAACAUGAAGCAAAAAGUAAAGAUGAAGCAAAAAAUAAAUAUGAAGCAAAAAUUAAAGAUGAAGCAGAAAUACUCGAAUCAAGUAAAUCUGAAACAAGAGAACGAAAAGUAAUCGAAACUGAAACAAAAAGAUUUGAAGCACCUAAAUCAGUCGUUAAACCAUUAAAGUUGAAGCAGAUAUGUUUAGAAGAAACAAAGCAAGUUGCUGAUGAUAAAACGGGAAUUAAAACAAAUUUAAAGAAUAUAGAGAAAAUACAUGAAGCAAAAUUUAUAAAUGAAAUGAAGUCGGAUUUGGAGUUGAAGCAUGUUUCUGAAUCAGAAAAAUCAGAUAUAUAUUUAGAACUGAAGCAUUCUGAAGAAGCAUAUUUUGAAACAUUUUUGAAAGACAAUUCUGAAUUGAGGGAAGUAAAUCAAAAUUCUGAAGCAAGACAAUUGAAGAAGAAAGAGAUGAAGGAGAUUUCAACAAAGGAAGAAUAUGAUUCAAAUAAAAAUGUAAUAAGAACGGAGAGUUCGUUAGAGGUAUCUGAGAAUAAGAAGGCAACUAAAAUAGAGGAGCAAGAAGCAAUUAGAACAAACUAUGAAACAAAUAAAAAAGAAGCAACUGUGAAAGGUAAAUUAGAAAUAAUUAAUAUUGCUUGUUCUGAAGCAAGGAGAGAAGAAUUAAUUAAAUCAGAAGCAAAACUCGAAGUUCAAGAAGCAAAGUUUCAAAAGGAUAAAGCUGAAGCAAAACUUGACGAAGAAGUACUGCUUCAGAAGAACGAAGCUGAGGAAAAAUUCGAAGCUCUACUACUUCAUAAGAACGAAGCUGAAGCAAAAUUCAAUAUCCAAGAAGCAAAGUUUCGGAAUAAUGAAUCUGAAGCAAAACUCGAUAUUCAAGAAGCAAAGCUUUUGAAGAAUGAAUCUGAAGCAAGAUUCGAUGUUCAAGAUUUACAAUCAACGGAAUUAGAAUCCGAAAUUAAUAGACCAAUAAAUUAUUCUAAAAAAUUCGAAAAGCAACAUGAGAACCUAGCAGAUAGCAACACUUUAGUUAAACAAAUAAUACACCAACUCAGAGACAACCAUGAAACUGAGGAUAAAGAGUCAAUAAAUUCCUCUCAAUUAUCUACUAACAAUUUUAGCCCAUCCUCACUUACAAAUUUAUCAGAAACAUUCCAAAAGUCUCUAACUGAAGAUGAAGCAAUCGAAGUAUUUUUAUUAUCAAGACAUUUUGAAUAUGACUGUGCUAAACCUUUAAAAGUGCUUCCACCCCCGAACGUUACAAUUUUCGAAUUUGAUGAGAAAAAAAUGAAAAGGAGAAUUGAAGCAAUAGAAGCAUGCCCAUUAAAGAAGUCUGUUCGUUUUAAUAUUGAAGAAUCAAAAGAAUUUUGUUUUUCCCCUUUUAAUUGCUCUUCCGAGGAGGAGGAAGAAGCUGAUGAGGAGAGAGAGGAAGACCCUUCAUUAAUUUCUCCUCCCAAAUUUUUAACAAAGGAAAGGGGAAUAGUAGCAGAAUUAAAUAAAAGGCUAUUUGUUCAUUUGGAACUUGUCUCAGUUGUAGAGCCUAAGAUGUCAAUUUAUCACAACGAUAUGCAUCUAGGUGAUGACCCUUCCAAGUGCCGAUUUCUUGUUGAUAAAAAUGGAGAUUGUUGGGAAAUUAUGUUAAUAUUCCCCAACUUUGAUAUUGAACUUGUUGGAGAUUAUGUUUUUAUUGCUAGUAAUGAAGGAGGAUUUGAUAAAUCAAAAAUUACAUUGAAGUUGAAGGAAGCCGAAGAAAUGACUUCAAAUUUAGAUGUUUUGCAAAAAGAAGAGGAAAAAACAACACCAAAAACAACACCAAAAACAUCAACAAACACCAACAAAACAUUAAAACAAAUUAAAAUUACAACAAAUGAUGUUGAAACAACACAAAAUUCCCCUUCUCAAAACUUCAACAAAACCCCAAAAAUAAUUGAAAAACCACCAGAAAAUUUAAAAUUAAAUUUAAUUGGAAAAGAAUGUUUAAAUUUUGUAAUUGAAGGAGAUCCUUUGCCUCAUAUAGAAAUGUGGAUAGAGAAACAAAGUGGAACAUGUAAAAUAAUUGAGCCUUGGAGAAAAUUUAAACUUGAACGAUUACAACAAAACAAACUUGGCGUAACUCUCUUACAAAAAAGUUUAAAACUCAUACAAGUUGGGGAUAUUAUUGUUCUUCAAGCAAUUAAUGUUUUUGGUGAAAUAAUUACAAAACAUGUUGUUUUGAAUGUUUUGUCUAAUGUUUUAUCCAAUGUUUCUUUGUUAAACAAAAAAGUUUUUGUUAAAGAACAACCAAAAAUCCAACAAGAAGAAACUGCUCCCGAUUCUCCCAAAAUUCCAGGAGAAAAAAGGGAUGAAGAAAAGAAGAAAAAGAAGAUUCCUAGCGCUUUGUUUAUACCAAAGGCAAGAUUUAAAAAAAUUUUUAUUCUCUUCAAUUUUUGUUUUUAG